AUGGCUGAUUAUGCUACCGGAGAUGGGCCUACUAGGCUCGUGCUUGACGAGGACCCUGUACCGAAGCUCGACAUGCUGAAGCGUCACCUAAUGAGGCCAGGUGGCCUCAUAGCCAUGCCCACUGAGACUGUGUACGGGUUGGCAGCGAAUGGAUUCUGCGAAACAUCGGUACGCCGCAUUUUCGAAGUGAAAGGGAGGCCUCUAACGGACCCUGUGAUCUUACAUGUGCCAAGCUUUGAGGAUGCCUUGAGUAACAUAUUCGACGCCGACCUCAGCGAUGCGUGCAUGAUCCUUAUUCUGGCAGAAAGGUUCGCACCGGGCCCAAUGACACUAAUCACGCGAGGAAGGACUUCCAUACCAUCCGUAGUGUCGGCGAAUACUGGAUUUCCGGCGGUGCGUUGUCCGAAUCACCCUGUUGCACAGAUGAUUCUCCGUCACGUUGGCGUGCCACUCGCCGCACCGUCCGCGAACAAGUUCGGUCACAUAAGUCCCACGUCCACCGAACACGUCCUUUCGGAGUUCAAUGAUGUCCCAAUGCUCGUCGUUGAAGGAGGCAAGUGUCACUUGGGGUUGGAAUCCACCGUUAUAAAAGUGGAACCAGCUGAAGGAGAUGUGAAAGCGAACGAUUUCUUGCGUGAGCAUAACGCAACCUAUGCGCAUCUGCAGGGUAUCAUCUCCGCGAUUGGUAAGGAGCCAUUAAAAUUACAAGCGAUGCGCGACGAACUUGUCAGACGAUGUGAGAUGUUAGAUGGCAUGCCGCCCAACCUGCCCAGUGCACUGAUUGAUUACCUUAUCGCAAAGUCUAGUAUUCCUCGGAAGGUCACCAUCCUUCGCCCGGGAUUCGUCACUAAGGCUGACUUAGCGAAGCUCUUUGCCUCUUCGGUUUUCAGUAACGUGGAAGUUGGCUGCAAGGCAGUAUAUGCAAAGGCGGACGAACAUUGCGACUCACCCGGCACAAGUAUCACGCACUAUGCGCCGUCGGUGCCAACCUAUCUUGUUUGCAAAGAACAGGCAUUUGGUGGCACACGUAUUGACCCGCCGUACAUCGUCAUGAUCGACGUAGGCGGCGUACUAAGAGACUAUGAUCGUCAGUUUUUGCACUACUUGCCCCUCGUUGAGGGUGAUGAGGCAGUGGCGCGCGAGCUUUAUGGCUCAUUGCGAGAGGCGGAAACAGUGGCUUUGCAGUUUAACGGGGACGAUCACCAAACGGGGAGUGAUUCCCAUGUGACAAGAGAUACCGCUGUAAUCGUCGUGAAUUAUCCACACGGUCAAACCGAAUUGAGUACUACACUUCGUGACCGUCUCGUUCGUGCGUCAUCUGGCAGGACGAUUGGCUACAGCGUAAAAUCUGGCACUCCCGUGUUCUACAGAUAA